AUGGGCUACCUAGAGGAGCUCGAUAAAGAGAGGUCGGAUCCUGAGAUAAACAACCGAAACAACACUUUCGUUCCAAAGGACGAACGAGUUCACGAGUUUCUUGUCAAGGUAAAAACUCAUGAUGAGAAAAUACAAUUUUACCCUGCACCAGGCUCGACUCUAUGUGCUCUCUGCACAAACGAGGGGACUUGUCAAGUUGUUCAGUCGAGAACAAAGCUGAUGGACAUUCUAUUACAUAAGGGAAAGCCUCAAGAAUCGCUUUCUGUUUUCAACAAUUUAAUCCAAGAAGGGCACAAACCGUCCCUAAUAACAUACACCACACUUUUAUCCUCAUUGACCGUACAAAAACGCUUCGAGUACACAAACACAAUAAUACACCAAGUGGAGAAGAACGGGCUGGAGCUCGACACGAUUUACUAUAAUGCCCUUGUGAAUGCCUUUGCCGAGUCGGGCGAAAUGGAGAAGGCCACGAAAAUGCUCGAGAAAAUGAAGUCGCGCAGAAUGAAACCCACGACGAGCACUUUAAACACAUUGAUCAAAGGGUACGGUAUUUGCGGAAAGCCCGAGCAAGCCGUACAAAUAAUGGAGCUAAUGUCUAAAGAGGACAACAUAAAGCCCAAUUCGAGAACGUACAACGUGCUCGUUCAGGCUUGGUGUAAUAAGAAGAAUAUGAAUGCGGCUCGGGAUUUAGUAUCUAAAAUGGCGGGUUCGGGCGUGGGGCCCGAUGCUAUCACUUACAACAUGUUGGCUAAGGCUUAUAUUCAGGAUGGUCAGAUGGGGGAGGCUAAAAACGUAAUUUUGGAGAUGGCGAGGAAUAAUGUGCGUCCGAAUAAUAGGACCUGCGGCAUUAUAAUAUCGGGCUACUGCAAGGAAGGAAGAAUACGGGACGCCGUGAGAUUCGUUUAUAAGAUGAAGGAUCUUGGGAUAAAGCCUAAUCUCGUCAUUUUCAAUUCGUUGAUCAAAGGGUAUGUUGACAUGUCGUAUAGGGAUGGCAUUGAUGAGGUUUUAGGUUUGAUGGCGAAAUUCGAGGUCAAACCGGACGUGAUCACGUUCAGCACCAUCAUGGAUGCAUGGAGCGAGGCCGGCUACAUGAUCAAGUGCCGAGAGGUUUUCGAGGACAUGGUUCGGGCCGGCAUAAAGCCCGAUCUCCUUGCAUACAGCAUCCUAGCCAAGGGCUACGUUCGGGCCCAGGAGCCCGAUAAGGCAGAGGAGCUCCUGGCCGCCAUGGAGAAAGCCCGUGUGAGCCCAAAUGUUGUGGUCUACACAACCAUCAUCAGUGGAUGGUGCAACCGGGGCUCGAUGGGGUCCGCCCUUAAGCUUUUCGGUAAAAUGGUUGAGAAUGGGAUAUCCCCCAAUUUAAAGACAUUUGAAACCCUAAUCUGGGGCUAUGCGGAAAACAAGCAGCCGUGGAAGGCUGAUGAAGUUUUGCGGGUCAUGAAGAGGUUUCGGGUUCGGCCCGAAAAGAGCACUUUUGAGUUGAUUGCCGAAGCUUGGCGUGGGGCCGGGCUAACCGAUGAGGUGAAACGGAUAAUGGGCUCGUCUGGAAAUUCGGGUACAGAUGAGGAAAUGCAUGAAGAUGGGCUAGAGAGAUUUUACGAGAAGGGAGGGGUAAAUUCGCCGUUUCCGAGGCUGAGGAUAAUACCGACCACGGUCUCGGGGGAUCAGAAGGGAUCAGCUGGCGGCCCGGGAGGUUUGUGCUCGACUAAAGUUGUGAACUUUAAGGGUCGGCAUUUUGGCGGGCGAUGGCCGGUGGUUGGCUGGAGAAGUUUUCAGGGGCAGCUGUGUUUGUCUGCUCAGUUUGCAUCAUGUUGUUGCAUGCAGAUCUUUUGUUGA